UCUAUAUCGAUAUCGAUAAUCAUAUUCGUUCGAUGUUGCAUCGAAUCCAACAAUUUUGUCGAACGAAGACCCGACCGAGAAACGUCAAAAGAAAUAAACAGUAAAAAACAGCUGAUCAGAAACGUCUCGUGGAAUAACUAAUUUGAGGUUAGGACUGGAUCAAAACAGCUCGCAAUUAUUGUUGUGUUUUCACUCUUCAGACGUUAUAAACUGUUACAAAAUAAAGGAAUUUCAUCAAAAUAAGUGCUCAUUCUCACAACGGAACGAUGUCCUCAAGACGAAGCCGAUUUAGUUUGUCCCUAGUUAGGAGAUCAGAAUCGCCGAAAUCUCCGAUCGGAGAUCGUGCCCGAUCAACUUGUGGACUCGAUUCAAGUGCAGGUUUCAGUUACAGUACACCACAAAGCAGACGUCAGCGAUCGUCCUAUAAGAAUGAGUCGCCCGCAACGUACGAUUGUGAGAAUUCUCCGAUACCCAUGUCACAGGAUAUCAACAACUCAAUAUCUGGAGUUGCAUGGGCCUGGAACAGCCCAAAGCGGGCCGUUGCAAGUAACCUGAGAAAACGGCCUUUGGCGUGUCAAAUUUUUGUUUCCAACAAAGAUUCAGAAUUUUCUUCCGGGCAGAGUGGAAGAUCAACCAGUCAUCUGACGGGGUUUUAUAAGUUUCAAUCCGAAUUAAAAAUGUUACAGGCGAACGAAACUGACGACGCCGAUUUGGAGCAGAAAAACUUGUCUAUCGAUGUGAUUGCACCAGCGUCGCCUCCGUCCUCUCCGGGCAUAGAGAAAGAGGAACCUAAGAUACCCAAAUCUUUUCAAACGGAUUCUUUCAAUGAUUCUGAGCUUGACUGUUUGCUUUUGCAGGCCAGCCAGGCAAUUGAAAGGAAGAAGUCUCACGAAAAAUGUCGACCCUUGCGAGAAAAAUCGGUACCAACCUUCACUCAAGGCAAAGAGAAUAAACUGGGAAAAGAAAGAAGCCUUUUUAAAAGCCGAACAACUGAAGAUUUCGAUUUGAACAGCGAUGAGCUACUGAACGAUUCCGACUCGGAUUCAUUUCUUCUUAAAGCUUCGCAAAUGAUUGAGGAGUCCGUAACUAAAAAUGUGCCCGGAUCAAAUUCCAGACGAGUCAGUACACUGACGCGACACCGGUCUAUGCCCGAAUCACCGAGUCCGAAGGUUAACUCACCAGGAUGCAGCAACCGAGCGAAGCGACUUCCUCGCGAUGUUGUAGUAUCGGUACGUCCGAGCGAGGAUGUGCCGUCCAGUGAUCGGCGGCAAUGCACAAAGCGUGAAAUAGAGCAGAAACGUCAGGAUGCACUUAAGCGUCUGCAGGCCAGUCGGUUGAACAAACUACGGCAAGGCAAUCAUUCGUAGAAUGAUUUUUGGGAUCUGUAAUCGUUAUGGGAUCUGCGCGUGGAACGCAAAUUUAUAUUUUUUACUCUUCGUCGCUACAGACAGGGAAUAUUUGAGAAGAAACAUUGUUAUACGAUACACUAAAAUGAAUAUACUCCGAUUUAUAAACGACAAUAAUUUGCAAAUAAAUAGUUACUAAUAGUCCCUCUACAAAAUUUGUGUUGAGGGUUGUCUAAUUAAAAUAAAAAAUAUUUACGUUCUUGUCUCAAAUUACUCCUAUCAGGAUUAAAUAAAUUGGUUAUAUGACUCUCUUCAAUGUACCAGCAGUAAGAGGCAGUUUGCAUUUU